AUGGGCGGCAGGACAGCGUCAGACCUCCUGAUGGGGGUGGCUGUGGUCCUUCUGGUGCUGCUGCAGGGCACACAGUCAGUCUACAUCCAGUACCAAGGCUUCCAGGUCCAGCUGGAAUCAGUGAAGAAGCUGAGUGACCUGGAGAAGCAGCAGAUGCUCAGCCCCCAGCUGGGGGCCCAGAGCCUCCUGCCCUCUGUGUGCCAACACACGGACCUGCCCCUGGACCUCCAGCCCAUCUGCACCUCCAAGGAAGCUGCCAGCAUUUUUAGGGACUUGAGGAUUAUCGCUGGUGACGACUGUGAGCUGUGUGUGAACGUGGCCUGUACCGGCUGCCUCUGA